GGUCAUACUGCCUGUGGACUGUUAUACCAAACCCUGAGCUGUUUUUCACAAACUGUACAUCUGUGCAUUGCUGAAAGAACUCUUUCCAUCCCCUGUAAUAUGUCUGCAGUCUCUGGUCAUCUCCUGUACUAUGUCUGUAGUCUCUGGUCAUCUCCUGUACUGUCUGUAGUCUCUGGUCAUCUCCUGUACUAUGUCUGUAGUCUCUGGUCAUCUCCUGUACUGUCUGUAGUCUCUGGUCAUCUCCUGUACUAUGUCUGUAGUCUCUGGUCAUCUCCUGUACUGUCUGUAGUCUCUGGUCAUCUCCUGUACUAUGUCUGCAGUCUCUGGUCAUCUCCUGUACCAUGUCUGCAGUCUCUGGUCAUCUCCUGUACUAUAUCUGUAGUUUCUUGUCAUCUCCUGUACUGUCUGUAGACUCUGGUCAUCUCCUGUACUAUGUCUGUAGUCUCUGGUCAUCUCCUGUACUGUCUGUAGUCUCUGGUCAUCUCCUGUACUAUGUCUGUAGUC